AUGCAGGUGGAUGAGAACUGCAGCAGGAAACGCCUAGUCUUCGGCUCCGGGAUAAUCGGCCAGCGUGUGAUGCAGGAGUUGCAUCGGCAGGGUACUGCUGAGUUGGCCAAAUUCGUUAAGUGGUCCGCUGGCAGACCAGAUUUGGCCUCACUUAGAGGCAUAAUGUUCCAGGGGCUAGCACAUUACUUGCUGUGCCGGGGCGGCUCGUUUCGUAUGCGCAGCCUUUCUAACCCUGGAGAGCAGGAGGUCAGCCUGGAGGUGCCGGAAAUGGAGUUGAUGGAGGUGCAGGACAGCGACCUCAAAAAAAUCAGCCCCACAACAAAAGGGUCUGGGCUCCUGGUGCCGGUGGCGAGGAACUUCACUGCCGUGGACAGCUUUUUGAUUUUGCCUGACAGCAACGGCAAGGCAGCGCGACUGCUCCUUAUCCAGUUGGCGGUGAUGGUGUCGCCACUGCAGCUGUGGCAGCUGCAUCCGCUGGUGAUGGCUGGUAUGGUGGCCGCUGUGGAUGUGGGCACAAGGUUGUGAACGUCAGAGGCUUAGAAAUCUAGUCGGUGGCUUUGCUUGUCUUGGUCACCAUGGCAUGAUGCCUUAUUGGGCCCUCUAGACAUGCAGAUUCAUGUUAACGGUUGGGCUCGCAGCUGGUGUGUACCUGGGGACUGGUCAUUGCUGGGCAUUUGCUCAUUUGCUGGUGUUGCAGGUUGUGUAGAUAUAGGCACAGAUGGGCAUGUAUCUGUAAGUGCGCUGAGUUGUACAAGGAAACAGCUACAGAUAUGAGUGGUAGCAUGGGCGGAGUAGGUUUGUACGGCUGAAUAUGUGUACACUUGUGUACGGCUGAAUACAUGCCUUGGCAUCUCUGAACGGGCCUGCAUGUGUUGGACUGCUGUUGGGGGUGCUGGCUGUGAGGUGUUUGCAGCUCAACAGUGGGUGUACUGCUUUCAGGAAGGGAGGCGCGCUGGGGCAGCAAAGUGAUGUUGUAUGAGUAGAUUGUUUGGCAAGCAAGGGUGUGAGAAGUCAUUGCAAUUGUGUACUUUGAGGGCAGGUGGCACAGGCUGGCACGGACCUCCUGGAUUGGAGUGUAGUGUGAUUGCAUGUUGACCUUGCCCUGGACAUGAACCUGUGGGAUGGAGGAGGGGAAAAGGAUGUCGAUCCUGGCACGCGGCACUUGAUUGUAAAGUGAUGCAACAUGAGGCAGACAGACAGUGUGCCUGCAAUGGGAUGGUCAUGUAAGUGCCUUAAUAAUGAGGAGGCAUGGCAAGUCCGUGCAGCACCUAAGCUUGACCUGUUAAACAGGCUCGAUAGACGGUCAUUGGCAAAGAAGUGGUCAGAGACUUUGCUGUGCGGGUGUAUGGNGGCUGCAUUCAAAACAAAAGCAAAACAACACUUACUAAAUGAUGAACCCAAAACGAUUAGCAUGGUGCUUUCCUUGAGAUACCUGUCACGUGCUACACCGUCAUGCAUG